AUGGCAGAUGGGUUUCCUCUGCGCGUUCUCCCGACCCUCGACCCCUCCGCGGGGCACAACUUCAUCACUCCCAUCAAAAGAAUCAACGAGUCGCAAGAUGUCUCCGAAUUCCUCGUGUCCAAAGCCUAUGUCGACAUUAUGACCUUCCUCCUUCAGCUGAAUCGAGCCAUGUUUCCCGCAAAACUGCCUGAUGGCACCAUUCAAACCUGGCCCAUCAACACGGACGCCGUCGAGUUCUCCGCACCCAUACGGCAGCUACAACAGCUGCUGAUCAAGCUAGAGGAGCUUCUCGAAGAGGCACCUCCUGACACAGGUCCUCGUAGGUUUGGGAAUAUAAGCUUCCGCAGGUGGCACGAGCUCGUGGAGGCUCGCGCCUCGGAGCUACUGGAGGAGUGUCUCUCGUCCAAACUAUUACAGACCAAGUCGGUGGAUUCGAACGGCGUGACGGCAGAGGAGGAGCUGAAGGCAUACUUUCUGGGCAGCUGGGGGAGUCCUCAAAGGCUGGACUAUGGGACGGGACAUGAGCUGAGCUUCCUCGCUUUUCUCGCUGCGAUAUGGAAGCUCAAUGGGUUCCCGCAGAGCACGCCAGGAGUGGAGGAGAGAGCUCUUGUCUUGGGCGUGAUACAACCGUAUCUCGAACUGGUCCGAACCAUCAUCAAGCGCUACACGCUUGAACCGGCUGGAUCCCACGGUGUUUGGGGUCUUGAUGACCACUCUUUCAUCCCGUACAUCUUUGGAUCCGCGCAACUGGCCCCAGCCGUCUCGGAAUCCGACCUGACUCCCGAAGAAGGCUCUCUACCAGAUGCUCCGGCGCCUAACAGCGUCACCAAGGCGAACAUUGUCGAACGAGAGAGGAGAUCGAACCUAUAUUUCUCUGCUAUCGGCUUCAUCUAUGAUGUCAAGAAGGGGCCGUUCUGGGAACACAGCCCUAUGCUGUACGAUAUCUCCGGUAUCCCAGCGGGCUGGGCCAAAAUCAACAAGGGUAUGAUCAAGAUGUAUAAUGCAGAGGUCCUCUCCAAAUUCCCCGUGGUUCAGCACUUCCCAUUCGGUUCUCUCUUCAGCUGGGACCGAGAUCCAAAUGCCGUCCCACCACCGAUGUCAGUCCAUACAACGUCAGCACCUCGGUCACAGAGGGAAUCUGGUGCCCCAAUCACGGAACAGCCACCUCAAUCCGGAACGAGGGCGCCUUGGGCAUCUGGCACCCGGGCUGCACCGCCGGGUGGCGUAGGAACCGCCGCACCAUGGGCAACAAGAAGAGACGGAGGACUCUCGGGAGGACCGACUUCCUCGGCCCUUCCUGAUACGUCUCGGUUGCCCCCGGGGCCGAUGGCCCCUACCAGAGCCCCUUGGGCAGGGUCAGCCUCAGCAGGGCCGGCUCCCGCUGGUGACCCGAGUCAUACCACAAAGGCUCCCUGGGCGAAAUAG